AUGAGACCCCUGAUCUGUUCUGUUGUCUGGUGUGAAAUUCUUACGACCACUAACCAAGUAAACAAGCUUCUGCAGACUAGUUCAGUGCAGCUUGACAUUGCUGUCAGGCUCAUUGACAAUGCCAAAACCUCCCUCUCCAGAUACAGGCACUCUGGAUUUGCUGAGGCAGUGUCAUCUGCCAAGGAGCUUUGUGAGGCCAUGAACAUAGAGCCAGAGCUCAAGGAGAAAAGGCUCAGGAACACAAAAAGGCAGUUUGCAUAUGAGAAUGCUGACGAGCCCUUCAGUGAUGCCCUCAAAAGGCUUGAGGUAACAUUUUUCAAUAGUGUUGUGGACUCAGCUUUGAUGUCACUGCAGGAGCGUUUUGAGACCAUGACCCAGGUCAGAGACAAAUUUGGAGUGCUGCUCGAUUUCAGCAGAGUGCACGGAAUGUCCAAGGAGGACUUACAAAAAAAAUGCAUUGAAGUGCAGAAGACACUGACUGAGGAAGGAAAUUCUGAUAUUGAUGGACUUGAGAUGGUUCAGGAAAUCAUCAACCUUCCUCAACUGUCCCCACAUACAACUGCCUUGGAGUUGCUCACAUUUCUCCAUGAGAAUAGCCUUCAAGAGGUGUAUCCAAAUCUCUGGGUUGCUCUUAGAGUUGCAUUAACUCUCCCUGUUACAGUUGCCUCUGCUGAGCGAAGUUUUUCAAAACUAAAGCUCAUUAAAACAUACUUGCGUUCAACAAUGGGGCAGGAACGUCUAAGUGGUCUUGCUGUCAUCAGCAUCAAUGGUGAAGUGGCUCAGAAGCUGUCAUAUGAUGACCUAAUUAGUGAUUUUGCAGUGAGGAAAUGCAGACGUGUGGUUCUAGAGCCUCCAAAAACUGGUGGAAAUGCUUGAUCCAUACAGAAUAACAUUAUGGCUCCCUCAAAAUGUAUGUCUUUGGUUUAUUUUGACAACAUUUGGUCUAAGAAGAUUUUGCACUUUACUUGAAUUUGUGUUUUUAGCUAUUCUACAUAGCCUACUGUGUUUACAAAGUAAGUAAAGUUGUGACUUUUAGUCCUCUAAAUCUUUGUUUUAUUUAAGAAGACUGACUAUUCUUGUUUGUACUUAUUGAUGAUUAUUUAAUUUAAUUUAUUCAAAGUGACAUUGAAUUUGCAAAAAAAAAAAAAAGUCUGGAUUAUUUUGAUAAUUUUUUUAUUUUGCUAUUCUGUUUACUGUUUACAAAGUCAGCAAAGCUGUGAAGAUUUUACUUUCUCUUUUUAGUGUUCUUACGUUUUAUACUGUGAUGCUGCUAUUGUGUGUUAUUGGUAUUGAGUUAUGUUUGGUAAUAAAAAGUUAAACUGGCAAAAACAAACGUUUUUUUUUUUUUUCUCGGGGUCGGGGUGGGGGGCAUCAUAAAGGAAUUAUGCUUAGGGCACCAAAAUGGCUAGCAGCGGCACU